CUUGCACAAUGUACACCACGGGGAUGACGGCAGCGCAUUUUAUAAGCGACACCAGUUUAGCAUUCACUCCGGACUUACCGGAAGAACAUAAUAAGGUUGUCCAAGUUCGUCGGAGAAAAACAGGUUACCGAGGAUUAUUAGAUUGUUCUUGUUCAGACUUUGUCACGAUGUUGGAUUAUUACUAUAUCAUCAUUGUGAUUCUGGUGUUCCUCAAGGUUAUCUUUUGGACUUUUUACUUCUACAUUCGAGCCCAGAGACUGCGUACAGCCAGAGUGCAGCGACAGUUUGUCAUCGUGGACACCAGACAGAUGCCACCAGGCUACAAUGACCGCUCAGCCAUUGUUCAACAUGAGGUUCUGCCAGACACCUGUCCAGGCCUGCCCCCCCAGUACACAGGGACUGCCACCCAGUUCCCAGGGGGACCCCCACCAUAUGAAGAAACACAGCACAACCAGCCCAACAAGCCCCCGAGUUAUGAACAAGCUAUAUCAGGCUAUGCUCCAUCUGCCCCCACAGAAGCCACGAGCCAGGCCCAGAACCCAACACCGGUGCCAGUCGUCUACGUAGAGACUGGGAUCUCCAACACUUCACAAGGCAUCGGUGUUCAUGGUCCGUCGUAAACAGCUUGUCUGUCCUGUCAACAACAAACAAGGCUAUUUGUUAUAGUAAUUUGCAAUGCUAUCAAUCCAGGCAACACAGACCACACUGUUUUUAUUUGAUGGUUUAUGGAGUUUUGUUAACCAUUAACUGUCCAUUAGUUUGAGUUGAUCAAAAUAAAAAUACAUUUGAUAUCAUUGCAGUGUUUCGGUGUAGGUUCUAACACCGUUAUCAAGCAAGUGAUGUACAGAGUAUGGUUGACAAGCAUUUAUACUGGUAUGAGGCAGUGUUCAUACAGUUGAGAUACAGAUACAGUUGAGUAGAUUGGGAUGUAGUUACACUGGAGUGAAGCCUGUUAUGUACGCAAAAGAGGGGGGAUAUUAGGAAAACAUCUUAACAUGUGAAGCCAGUACUAUAUUACCUUAUAUCCCCCCUUUUAUGUACAUAACAGGCUUCUCCACUGGAGCGUAACUGCAUCCCAUUCUACUCAACUGUAUAAACACUGCCUCCUACCUGUAUAUAUACUUGUCAACCAUACUCUGUCCAUCACUUGCUUGAAAACGGUGUUAGAACCUACACCGAAACUUCGCUUCUAAUUGAAAUAAGAAGUUGUCAUCGAUAUAUUUUAUCCUUACUAAAAACUAAAUGUGUGUUGCGCAAUUUUGUUUUAUUUUAUUUUAGAUUAUUUGAGUCAGUCAAAUUAAAUAAAUGAAUGCUAAUACUGUUUAAAGUACAAGAUGUUAUUUUAGCAGUAACAUAUAUAUAGUUUUACUUGUGAGAAAGGUUUUUUCUGUUUAGAAAGGUUUUACAGUGGCAAAAGACUUGCAAUGCAUGUCAUCAAUUUGUAUUUAAAAAGUUAAUAGGUACUUAUACAAUUGUAGUUCUUUCUAUUUUCGAAUAGUCAGGGAUGAAAAAAUGUUUUUGAGUUAGAUUUAUUUCAUUUUCUGAUUGUGACUUUUGUUGAGUCCGUAAACCAAAAGAAAAAGUGUCUCGUAAUUGCGGUGAAGCAUAAUGGUAUGAGGGUCUCACAAAGUGAAUGUGUUAUCAUGCUAAUGGCUAUAUUUUAUUAACAUACUUUUAGCCUAGCUCAAGGAUGUAAAACGUAUUGAAAAAAUACAUGGUGUUUUACUACAAUAAGAUUAUUCGUUGGAAAAAAGGCUAGAUAAUACUGUAUAACAUGUGCCUUGAGAAAAAAUAUAAUGUGAGAGGGAUUGUACUAGUGUCCUGUGAUGAUUGCUGAAUGACGGUAUGUAUUUUAAUGUGAUAUAUUAUUUUAAGUGCCAUUUUAUGUUACCUAGAACAUUCCUAUUGGAUCUUGCAUAGUACAAGAAGGUUGUGUGAUUAUACGAGAUUUUACCACUGAUGUGUGUAUUUGCAAGACACUGGUUUGAUUACCAGGAAGGGGAGGGAUUGUGCAGCCUCAGAAUUUCAUCUUGUAGUCCUGAAUCCUUAGCCUUUGUAGCUAGUCAUUUAUUAAAUCUAAUGUUUCAAUUUGAAGCUUUUUAAAAAGAAAUGUGAUUUAUUUGGUUUGUCCCCACUUACAAUCCUUAUCCUUACAACAUACUUGAAGCAGGGCCCAGUCCCCUCCCACUAUAGGAGUCUCAGUGUUACGUUUAUCAUGUCUGAGCCAACGAAUGGGAGCACCCCUCAAGAUUGAAUAAUGCCAUGGCUGCUUUUGUGAGAUUUCGAUUUUUGAGACAUGUUACUUUUCCAGGGAGAUUUGAACUGUAAUAGUGUUUUCCUUCUGUUGUUGCUUGUUAUAACAUAAUACUCCAAAGAUGAUGUAUUUUUAUGAUUUAUGUAGUUGUAUCCUGAAAUGUAACAAUUCAAAGUGUCUUGUCGGUGACUAGAAAUACUUAUUCUUUUACGAGACUUAUGUUUAUUUAACCAACAUCAAUAUAUCUCAAACAGAAUCUAUAGUCACAUAUAUUCCAGACAUGUUGUGUGUGAUUCUAGAGAAACAUGAAAGAAUAGCUGGAGAUGUAUUAAACCCUGACAUAGCAGACACCUGCCCCCCUGUCUCCCUUCACACUCCACCUGCCUGUGUGUUAUAUAUACCACUCUAAAGAAGUUAAGGAGUCCCAAAUUGUUUCAUUUUACUAUAGUUAGUAAGAAAAACGCACAACUUGAUGGAAAACAACUUCUGGUUUAUUGCAUAUAGCAAUGUUUUGAUGUAGAUUCUGACAACGAUAUCAAGAUGUAGUCAAACGGUGUAUGAAUCUACAUCAAUAUGUCGCUACAUGCAAGAAACCUGAAGUUGUUAUCCAUAUAAUUGUACUUUUUCUUACAUAUUUGCCAAAUUCUAGAAUGCCAAUCAAACAGUCACUAUAUGUAGUGUAUCAUGACAGAUUAACUGUAGUAACGUGAAAGAAUCAGUUGUUCUUUAACCCCUUGUGAGUAUUAUACAUUCAUUCUCAUCUUCUUUUUCCAACUCCAUUUUAUGAUGCAGAAAUAUAUUUGCCUUAUUAUUCAGCUUUUUGCACUAUUGACACAUUAAUGGAAUCACAUUCCCAGAGAAAGAGACAGGUAGUUAGGUUUUAUGUACCCCAUGAUUGUGUUUGUUAGAUGUGUUAGGUUUUGCAGGAAUUAUUGUAACAUUUUCAGUUUCGGCAGAAUCUUUUUAUGCUUGGACAAAUAUCUUUUUAACUCUCAGUGGUUGGGAAUUUUAUCCUGAUUUAGACAUUAGCCAUCCCCUUUUAUAAAUUGUUUGUCACCGUGGAAUUUGUGUAUCAAUGUCAGCAACAUGAGGCUGAAAUGCUGCAAUAAAGGGAGGUUUAACAUACAAAUUUACAUCUGCAAAGUAAGGGUCUCCACUGCCAAUACUACUCGAGAAGUUGAUUUCCACCUGAUUAACACAUUUGAGUUCUGUAUGUGAUGCUUUGAGCAUCACAGCUCUGUGUGAUGGUUAUGUAGUACACCAAGUGUGUGAGUAGGACCAGUGACAGAUUUAUUGAAGCAUUCUCAGUCCUAUAUAUUCGCCCCUCAGGUCUAUAAAUGUCAGUAAACAUUCCGAAAUGAAAACUUACAGUAUCCUAGUUCAGGUUAUUACAAUAAAACCAUCUUUUGUCUUUUGCAAUCAUGACUUUUAUGUCACCAAUAAUGAGCUAUUAUUUCAAACUUAAUUUACGUUAUUGCUUUGAAUACAACUCUGACUUUACGAAAAUAUGUUUUCACAAUUUGACUGGCAUGGACGCUUUGAUCAAAGUUGAAGGUAAAUCCCCAUGCUAGUCGUUAGGAUUCCUGGGACCGUUAACAAAUACUCUUGUACUCAAUAAUGUGUUCAUGGACUGCUUCAUUGGAUAUGCUGAUAGCACUGUAUCUGUUAAUAAUUACCUACCUUUGUUAUGCAUUGGCUGUUGAAUGUACCAUUAUACAGUGCCUUAAAUGUUUUGAUAUAUGUUGUGGGAGAUUACCUGUAUGCUUGUAUUUAGCUGUAUAGUUCGCUGGAUGAUUUUUUCACUUUUUGAAUCUCAUUAUCCCUUUUAACAAGCUCAGAUUAACAUUUAGUUUUAAUAGUGUAAUUUUUUAGUAAUAGUCGAAUUUGACUCGGGUCUUUGAUUUCACUGUUUCAGAGUGAUUUCUUCAGCUAAGAUCGUGUCAUGUGUUAGACCUUGCUCCCAAAUUUAACAUUUGUUUAGUGCACAGGUGGCUCUGUUGUCUAAGGUGAGGCUCUUCCAAUUAUAACCAUUUUGAAAUUCCUUUACUUAUACUGUUUGAAGUAUGACAUAUAUUUCAUAUAAAUUGACAUGUGUCAUACUUUUAUGGUCAUUUUUAGGAUUGCAACCUGAUGACCCCAUAUUUGUUUAUACUCUCCUUUUAUAUAUGCCAUUCUGUUCAAUUUGAAUAGUGUGAGUAUAAAACAAUUUAGUUACUAAUUCCUUUCUGAUUAUGAUAGCCUGAUACUACAGCUUACAGGAGUAGAAUGGUCAGUCAACCAUUAGGAUAUCAUACAGUUUGGAACACAUAGAAUCUAAUAACAAUAAUUAUAGCCUUCUCCCUUCUCUGCGAUAAUUAUUAAAUUAUCACAUAUCACAAAACGCUUUUAGUGUGGUGAUGGUUUAUCCCUGUGACGUGCACAUCAUUAGUUUUAGAUGGUCUGGCAUCCAUUCUUAGGAUGGGAUGUUGUAGGUCAGGUUUCAUUGUCUAAGUGCUUUAUAGUAAGAUUUAUAGGUGGAAUCACGGUUUGGCUGGGUGAAAGUCUCUUUCUCCACUUGUCAGUGUCUCGGGUCAAAUUCUACUUGUUCACAAAGGAAGCCAGUUAUUUCCAUGUGAAGCUCUGAGAAUGUAGGGGAGCACAGUGGUUAAAGGGUUAGCUCCUGCCGAUGAACUGGGUUCAAUUCCCAACUCUGGUACUAUGUGUGAAGACUAUUUAAUGUUCCCAGGCAUUAUUUGCCCUGAAUGUUUGUAUGAGUGGAGUUAAACCACUCAUUUUCCUCCACUCAAGUGUAGAGUGUCGCUAAAAACCUGCAUUAAAACGAGUUGAGCACAAACUGUCACCAUUUUUUGUUACAUGUUGCAAUUAUGAGUCUUUCAUUUCAAUGUCAUUAGAUGAUCUUAUCAAUGACUUGCAUGUGUUUCCAUUCGAUAAUAGGAUUUGAUUUACGUUAUUUUAAUAAUCAUUUUUUUCUUUAAUGAUUCUCUACGUAUGUUUUGUGAUAAAUAGUCAUAAUCAUGAUAAUGAGAUUAUGUAUUAAUAACAGCUUGUAGUGUGUUUGUGAUUCAUACCCUAAAAUUAAGAGAGUGACUUGCCAUAUUUCAGCUGUAUUCAGAGAUGGCAUUUGGAGUUAUGCAGGGUAGCUCUACACUGCAGUCUGUGUAGGUUAAUAGUAAACCACCAGUUGAUUAGCAAAUACCUUUGUCACAAUUUUAACCACCUUCAGACUAUUAACAUGUAAUCUAAGACUUCCAGUUUUUCACAUAGUAUGAUAAAUGUUGUUUUUUACAAGAACUCUUAAAAAUCUUUGCGAACAGCCUAGUGUCUGCAGAUAAUCAUGAACCAUUGGAGAUCAAGGUAGAUGGUUCUUACAAAUUAAUUACAGUUGUGAAUAAUAAUAAGUGAUGGUAAUACUGCUUGAAAGUGCAAUAAGUUUAAAAGUUGUGUUAAAUCGUGUAUAUAACUAAAGUAUGUAGAACACAUAGUACUGAAGGUCAAGAACACUAGAACAACCCACUUGACCACCUUGUCAGUGGUAGGUAUAUAUAUGUGUCAUUUAUCACGUUAAGUUUAUCCUCAUAAAUUCCUAAAUGUUAGGGGGGCACGGGUGUCCCAGUCGUCUAAGGUGCCGCGAUUCGCUGUGCAGAGUUGCGUCCCUUGGCCACGCCAGAAACCUAUGAUUGUGGGUUCGAAUCCCGGUUCACUCCGAUUAUGUUUCUAGGUUUGUCAGCACCAUACCCGUGCUCGUAUGUUUCACCGAAGUGGUAAACGUACGAGACCAAACUCACUCACUCACUCGCCUAAAUGUUGGAGUACCGAGAAGUCAUUAAAUUCAUUCAGAAUAUGAUCAUACCACUUGUAUUUCAGAUGUCAUUUUUCUAUUCCCAUAUGUCAGUUGCUGCAAUGCUGUUAGGAAAAAAUAUUUUGUCAAUGUUGAAUGCUGACAGGUCAGGUCAUGAAAUCGAUGUAACACUACAAAUCUCAAUAUUAAGUAAAAUAACUGAUUGUCCAUUAUGCUGUGCAAUAAAAGCCAGGAACCAGAGUAUGUAUAUGCCAAAAAAUCCAUUCCAUCAUAACUGCUGGCACUGAGAGUGUGUUUAGAAUUAUACAUACUUUAGGGGGUAAAAUAGGUUUUAAAAAAAAAUGUUCCUUGAUCAGAAUUUACAAACAUCAUGAAGAUAAAUAUAACACACAAUUGCAUGAUUAUACUGGCUUGCACUAUUUAAUUAUGAUCGCUAUAGUUCGAACUAAAAUCUUGAUCAGGUUUAAGCACCCAAUGAAAUCAUACUCUUGUCAUCUUGAGAUGAAGGGUUUUUAAUACAAUUGUUAGCACUGUGUGAAUAUUAUUCAUAUGUGUUCAAUAAAGAAUUAUUUUCAUA